AUGCUUAUUGUUAGUCUUCUAAGUACUAUAAUUGAUCUUUCAAUUACGUUAAACUAUUUACAAAAUGGAAUUGUUCAUCUAUCAUCAUCAUAUUUUUGUUAUUUUUGGAUGUAUAUUGAUUAUGUAUUAUAUGCAAAUGGAAUGCUUCUUAUGACAUGGGCAUCUAUUGAACGUCAUAUACUUGUUUUUUCUUCACAAUAUUUUCGUUUAUUACAUCAAAAAUUCUAUGGUCAUUAUACACCUAUUAUAAUUUGUUUAAUUUAUCCAUGUAAUCAAAUAUUUGAUUAUCAACAAGUUCUUUGUGGUUCGCCAUGUUUUAAACGUACAACAUUUCUUCUAAAUGCUUAUGAUAUGUUUAUACAUAGUGUAAUACCAUGUAUAAUAAUUGUUAUAUUUAGUUUAGCAUUAUUAAUUCGAGUUAUUCGACAUAAACAUCGUAUGCAAGGACAAAUUUUUUCUCAACGAAAACAAUAUCGUAUGGUUAUACAAUUAGUUUCAAUUGCUUUUUUUUAUUCCAAAAUAUUUGCUGCAACAGAACGUGAUUUAUAUUUAUUUUAUUUGUAUUAUUUUUUGACAUUAUUUUUACCAUUUGUAUGUCUUGGAUUAGUUCAUCAUUUACGUAGAAAAUUUGAUUUUCUUUUACGAAUAAUGAAAUGUCAUGGUUUGAUUAGAUCAUCACGUGUUGAUAUUAUUCAUAAUCAAGAUAAUGGAACAAUUGUAUUUGGCAUGACUACUAUGCCAAGAAUAAAUAUUUGA